UUCUGUGAAGCAUGCUGACGCUGCUUCCAGCGCACCAAGUAUUUAUUCUCUUGGCGGUUCACACCAAGACGCCGAGAUCCAACAUUUUGCUGGUAGAUUUUGGAGAGAUUUUGUUUGUUUGGAGCACGGAAUGCUGGCGAGUUUGGUUACCUUACUUGUACAGAACACAAUGUCUCCGACUCUGCUGCUACUGCAAGUUGUGGCCGUCUUUUCAUUAACAGCUGCAUUAGUUGGCGCGAGGUACACAUCUUCAGACUACUUUGAAGAAAUCCUGGAACAUAACAAACAGACUCGUCCAGUCAACGAUCCUGAUCCUGUGCAGCUCUUUCUCGACAGCCUUACACUACCGGCCAAAUUGCGCCCUCUGCCGCCAGAUGUGCCAACUCUCUACGAUAUCCUCGAAAUGCCGUCGAUGGAGGGCGCAAACAAACAACGUAUCUCAUUUUCGUCGACAAAACCUUUCCAUAUGCCAGCGAUGCGUAUGUCGCAGCCGUCAAGAGAAAAACGUUCGUUCGACCUACCAUUUGAUAAGAAAUCUACUGACUCUUCAUCGGAAGAGACUCUCAGAGCGUGCCCUGCAAACAGCGAGUGGGUCCAAAUGGAAAGCGCCACCACUUUAGAAAAUCAGGAGGUUAUAGUCGGAGCUCGGCAGUGGUUCUGGGAGACAAAGUGUCUAGAGGAGGACGGCAUUUGUUUCGGUUUCCAGAACACAUCUGACAUGACGUCCAGCUGCAAACCUGUUUAUUCUUGGGUGAUAGCCUGGGCUCGCCCCUUGGACAUUGUCAAAUACGAGUGGCGUUUCAUUGCACUCAAAACUUGCUGCUCAUGCGCAGUUAGUGUCUCCCCGGCGAUUUUCCCUCAUUAGUUUUCAAACUUCACGAUUGUGUAAAAGAAAAACGAAAGCAUUUUUUGUCAAAUGGGGACGAAGAUGUUGUACAUACGUUUUUUUAGGAUAUACAUUAUUUUGCUUCAGAGUCUGGAACAAUUUACCUCACGACCUUGGAGCAAUGUCUUCGUAUUCUAAUCUGGGUUGUUGGUUUUAGCUUGGGUUUUGGCCUGUUCCUUUUAAAGGCAGUGGACACUAUCUCAAAAUAACUAUCAGCAUAAAACAUCACUUGGUAACGAGUAAUGG